AAAAUCUUAAAAUAGAAUCAACUUGCCGCCUGCCUUCACAGCAGCAGCAAACAGGUAAGCUGUGAUCAUCAAAUUCUAUUUUAGACACUUUUAUAUGCUAAUCCUCACUCCCUCAAAUCCCUAAAGUUGAAAACCCCCCCAUUCCGCCGUUCUCCAUCUACAUCAAAUAAACAUACUCUGUUUCUGAGAAUUCGUACCAUUUUAUAGUGAUGAAUGUAACGUUACACGCACAUACAAAUUCACAACUUUAUUGCAUAAGAUAUGACCCCAUCAAACCUGCAAAACCCGUUGACCCAAAAACCUCUCUUAAACCCUUGGCUGUCUCAAAACCAUCAAGCAUCCCAUUCAAAUUCAACCAUGAAUAUCAAGAUGAAGAAAAGAUAAAACCCCUUCACUUCGGCCAAGAAUCCCCUAAAAAAUUCGACCUUCCUGUCGUCGUUCACCGCUCAGGGACGAUUUUGAGGUACUUUUGGGAUGGAAAUGAGAUGCAAUUAGUCUCUGUUGGCGGAGUUAGCCAGUUUUCUAUAUGGAAUUUUUCGAGUUUCGAAGAUGGGAUGAAGAAAGUGGGCAGAGUUUGUGGGGUUGCGAUUAGGAACUUUUUUCUUCCUAGGGAAGUGAAUGAGAACUACAUGGAGUAUGUGAAGUGGAAAUUCUUGCAUAGAGUUUUCAGCUCUGCUUUGCAAGUUCUUGCUACUCAGGCGAUGUUUCGGGCAAUUGGUAUGGGUUAUUCUCGCUCACUGCCAUCAGCUGCAGCCCUAAAUUGGGUUUUGAAGGAUGGCCUUGGGCGGCUUAGUAGGUGCAUUUACACUGCUAGCCUUGCUUCAGAUUUUGAUACUAAUCUCAAGAGAGUUAGGUUCUCAACUUCUAUUCUGUUUAGCCUGAGCAUUGGUGUUGAGUUGCUGACUCCUGCCUACCCUGCACACUUUCUUCUUCUUGCAACGAUAGCCAAUAUUGCUAAGCAAAUAAGCCUGGCUUGCUACUUAUCAACUGGUACUGCUGUUCACAGAAGCUUUGCCAUCUCAGACAAUCUUGGUGAAGUUUCUGCAAAGUCCCAGAUUCAAACAGUCUGCUUUGAUAAUGUCGGCCUUCUGCUUGCUGCAACCUUCAACAUUUUGUUCAGAAACAAUCAGAGAUUGUUGGCAGCUCUACCAUUUGUUGUGUAUCCUAUCUUCUCCACCAUUGACCUUUUUGGGAUUUACCAAUCGCUGAAACAUGUUCAUCUGCAAACAUUGACCAAGGAUAGGCUUGAGUUGAUAAUAAACAUCUGGAUUCAGCAUAGAUAUAUCCCUUCGCCAGCUGAAGUGAGUGAAAGGGAAGGCAUUAAUAUCUUAUCAAGCAAAGGCAGGGAGCUGCUGCCUAUUAGAGUUGGUUGCUUAAAUCCCAAGAGGAAAAUACCAAGGCUAUCGCUGAUGACAUUACGAUCUUUAAAAGAUAAAGAUUUCUACUUUGUUUGCCUGGAGAACCACAGCAGAGGAUCCAGACUAAAGGAUCAUGGAAUUCUUCUAUCUAUGCGGGAAGGGGCUCAAACUACAGAUAUGAUAACAGGAUUACUGCAGGCUUGUUACAUUCGGGAGGGUCUCCUAGUGGAUAUGUCCGAAUGGGAAAACGUUUUAGAAACUUGUGAUUUGUCAGAUUCAGCGUAUGAAUGGCUUACACUAAUGAGAGAGAGCAAGAAACGUGCAGAAGCGGAUGUUAGUGAUAUGGUGGAGAAGAUGUUGGGACUGGGAUGGGCGUGCAGAAAUGUUCUUCUCAGCGCUCGGGAGCAGGCAAGAUAUAGUUUUCUGGCUGAUUGAGAUAUGUUAUUUUCGGUGCUUCUCACACAGUGAUAAGGGGAAUAGGAAACUUAGUUUAUUUUCCCUCCUCACAAAUACAAAUUCCUAUGAUUGGAUGUGUUGAUAAAGAUAAAUCAUACACUUCCUCUCCAGAAAUGUUGAACAAACUUUUCACAUACCAAAGUAGAAUAUACCUUUACAUCAUCGUUUUA